AUGCAGUCCUUUGAGCGCCUUGUCCUGUCCCACCUCAAAUCCAUCACAGACCCACUCCUGGACCCCUUGCAGUUCCCCUACAGAGCCAACAGGUCUGUAGACGAUACUGCCAAUAUGGCCCUCCACUUCAUUCUCCAGCACCUGGAUUCUGCAGGAACCUACGCCAGGAUCCUGUUUGCGGACUUCAGCUCUGCCUUCAACACCAUCAUCCCAGCUCUGUUACAAGACAAGCUCUCCCAGCUGAGCGAAGCCGCCUGUAGAAAGGACCAACAGGUCCUUCUUCGACAGGCCCGUGAGGAGGUGGCCGAAAGGCCUUGGUUGAGGAGUCUUCUGCCUAAGGAGAUCAGGCAUUUCUUCAACCUCGCAGAUCGGUCUGCCUUCCAGUCAGCUCGCCAGCUCACCGUUCCUCCUGCUCCAGCACCUGACCCAUUCCUGGGUACCUGCCUAGCCUGGGAAGGACCUCUGUGUGCGCAAAAGGCUUCUAGGUCUCUGCAGUCCCUGCGUUCUCCCGGUCCCUCGAGACCCCGGUCUCUGUGCUCCGGCCGCUUCCUGCCCAGCCUUGUCGGCUUCCAGCCCAGCCUCUCUGCAGGCCUCCUGAACGGCUCCAGCCUCUCUGCCGGCAAACCCGAUUUGGCUCCGCCUGCAUCCAGCCCAGCUUCUCCGCCGGCCUCCCGAUUGGCUCCAGCCCAGGCUCUCCACACGGCCUCCAGAGCGGUCUCCUCUCGCUCUCCUCGCUCUCUACACUGGAGUAAGUCCAAGAUGGCCACCUCCGUGCAUCCACUCGUGGUAAGCUUCUCCCUUGCCAUCCUCUUGGGACUGACGUCUCUGGGUGGACUGAACUCUUGGCCGUCAGGUCAAGCUUUGGCCCAGGUUUCUACUAACAACCAGACAAUAGAGCCUUCUAUGAUACCAGAGGCCGCGCUGGCGACGCCCACACCGGAAGCAGAGGACAAAACGGCUCCCUCCAACGGUAACCGUUGCUGGGGUUACUAUGAUGUCAUGGGCCAGUGGGACCCACCCUUCAACUGUAACGCAGGUAUCUACCUGUUCUGUUGUGGCUCCUGCUUCUACCGCUUCUGCUGCCAGUUCAAAAUCCACAGUUUGGACCAGACUUCCUGUUCCAACUAUGACACGCCCGUCUGGGCGAACACCGGGAAGCCACCGGAACCCGUCACAGAGGUCCAAGAGGAACCGGACAAGGAUCGGACCCACAUGAUCGUGUAUAUUAUCUGUGGAGUGGUGGCAAUCAUGGUGUUGGUCGGGAUUUUCACCAAACUCGGGUUGGAGAAGAGUCAGGGAGGACAGACUGACAUGACCAACUCCAGGACUCUGACAGAGCUUAUGAAGCAGCCAGGGGAGGCAGGAAUGGUGGAUGGAACUGGGAUUCAUCAUCCUAUAGGGACCAACGGCAUCUCCGCCAGGUCACUCCGCUCCAAUAAUGAUCAUAACCAUUUGAACAACGCAGCCCUGUCUCCCCUGGGUCCAGCCAUGGCCUUGUCUCACCCUCACAACAACCUGGGCAUUGGCUUCAACAAGUACACUUCGCUCAAGGCCGUGGACACGGCUGCGAGAGACUACUACAAGAGCUACCCGAUGGUAGAUUACACCCACCGCCAGUCCCCUCCCACAUUCCAGCCAAUCAACUUCCACCCCAAGGACAAGCCCUUCCUCCCGCCACCCGACAUCCACGCGCCACUGGCCAUCACCAUCAACACCUCCCAGAUCCCCAAGCCGAAGAUCUCCAAGACCAACACCCACCCGCUCACCUCCAGUUCGGCCUUCAAAGCAUGGGACCCCAGUAAGAGCCACAUCCAGCACCCUGUGGCCUCCCACAUUGGCCUCCAGCAGCAACAGCACCACCCCAUCCAGCAGCAGCACCAGUCGCUUCAACAGCAACACCACUCGCUGCAGCAGCAGCACCACUCGCUGCAGCAGCAGCAGCACCAGUGUACUGCCGUGCUAACAAGUUUGGCCAGCCUGACGGUACCCUUGUAG